CGCCGAGAAUGUGAAAACAACACGAACGACGCCCUAAUUUAGCUGCAGGGGCGCGACGCAACGGCGUGGUCGUGAUUGAUCUCACAUGAGCACACACAUGACGUCACAUGACCACUCACAUGAUCAUUUGCAAGGACUCGCACACGACUCUGAAUUACCACUUCCACCAAUACUCACGUGACGAUAGCAACUGAUAACCAUGCGCACGUGAGGUUGCUGGACUCUCCGCUCCAGGCCCGGGAUUCUCCACCAAUCCGGCGCCAUGCCAGUGUGUGGCCCAGCCCCGUGAUAACCUCAAGGGUUCAGUUAAAACGACCCUUUUUCCCCAAUUGCUGGCAAUUGACAAAAUGAUUGGCCUCCCAUUGGACCCCACUGACCCCAGAGAACGUCGCAGAAGACAUGGUUUCUAUGCCAUCGCUGUAGGUGUUCUCGUGACCAUCAUCGUGUUAACCACCACCAACCUCGUUGGCUACUUGAGAAUUGUUGCUGCUCCCGUUGAUAAGGAUAUCUGCCCACUCUAUGACCCAAUUGCCCCAGCUUCCUUCCACAAGGACAAUGCCACUGUUCUCGACAUUCUCUACGACAAGAAGUACAGAAAGCAAAGUGUUAAGAAGCUCCAGGGUGCGGUCAAGAUUGAUACCACCAUUGUGGACAACCAACCAGAUGUGGAUGAGGCUCCCGAAAUCUGGGCCAAGUUCCAAAAGAUUCACGACUACCUCGAGGAAGCUUUCCCAUUGGUGUACGCCAACCUCGAGGUCCAGAAAGUGAACACUUAUGGCCUUGUGUUCUACUGGAAAGGUUCUGAGGACCUCAAGCCGCUUAUGUUGACUGGACAUCUCGACACGGUUCCUAUCCAAAAGGACUCCAUUGGUGAUUGGACUUACCCACCAUACGAUGCCCACUAUGAUGGAGAGUUCCUCUACGGCAGAGGUUCCGUCGAUUGCAAAAAUGUGGUGAUUGCUAUUUUGGAAUCCUUGGAAUUGCUUUUGCACAAGGGUUUCAAGCCCCAGAGACCAAUUCUUGCUGCUUUUGGUUUUGAUGAAGAAGCUUCUGGAAGACACGGUGCCUCUAGUAUUGCUACUUACUUGGAAGAGCGUUUUGGCCACAAUUCAGUCUACGCUAUCAUUGAUGAAGGUCCAGGAUUACUUCUUGACGGCCUCACCGAUACUAUCGUCGCUCCUCCAGCAGUGGCAGAAAAGGGCUACAUGGACAUCGAGGUCCAAGUCAGGACCAAAGGUGGACAUUCCUCAACUCCUCCUGAUCACACUUCCAUUGGAAUACUCUCGGAACUUAAUUACGUUAUCGAACAGGACCCUUAUGAGCCAGUUUUCACCAAGAAGAGUCCACUCUUGGACUACGUCCAGUGCAUGGCUGUUCACGACCCAAAGAAAAAGCUUGGUAAGCUCGCUAAAAAGGCCAUUCUUCAAGCCGGUUACAACAAGGUUGCCAAUUCCAAGGUUGUUAAGUCACUCUUACAGAACAAGGUUAUUAGUUCGUUGAUCCGGACUACCCAAGCCAUCGACUUAAUUAGCGGUGGUGAAAAGGCCAAUGCUUUACCGGAAUCUGCCAGUGCUGUUGUAAACCACAGAAUUGCCAUUGAAUCUAACACUAGUGAAUUGAAGCAUCACUUUACCUCUAGAGUGAUCAAGGUUGCCAAGAAUCACAACUUGGAAGUUGUUGCUUUUGGAGAAACUGUCUAUUCGCCUAAGGAUUCCAAGGGUGUUAUCAGGGUCGAUGCCUUUGGCACUCCAUUGGAAAUUGCUCCUUUGACCCCUACUUCUGGCAGUGUGUACGAGUACUUUGCUGGUGUUGUUAGACAUGUUUUUGAAGAAUUGGUCUUCCCUGAUUACCCUUACCCUAUCGUUACUGCUCCUAUUAUCAUGCCUGGUAAUACCGACACCAAGCACUACUGGAACUUGACCAAACACAUCUACAGAUCCUCGCCAUACUUCUUUAAUGUUUUAGUUGAUGGAGGAAUCCAUAGUGUGGAUGAAAAGAUCUUGUUUGACGCUCACUUGCAGCUUCACGCUUUCUUCUACGAGUAUAUCCAAGCCGUUGAUACCAGCAAGGCAGGAUAAGCGUAUUAACCAGUUUAUUGGUUCCGAUCUUCUUUAUUUAUAGUGUGAUUCGAAUAAAUAACGGCAAUUUUCUUCAUGGCUAGUCAAACCAUCUGCAUUAGCUUUGAUUUCGCUUUAUUUAACCCGAAAUUCCUACAUAUCGAC